AUGGCUCCCUCUGAAAUCACAGCGCGAAAGCGCAAAGCUUCCACAGCUGCUGUAGUUCCCGCCGAUGAGGUCACAAAAGUAAAGAAGGCCAAGAAAUCUCCAAAAACUACCGAGGCCGUGAAACCCAAGAAAGUCGCAAAAGUCGCAAAGGUUGUCGAGAAGGAGGUAGAGGAGGUUAUCGAGGAACCGGUCGAAGAACCAGUCGAGGAACCAGUCGAAGAGACCGAAGCAGAGGAGCAAGAGGAGGACGAUCAGACUGAAGCUCUUUUGAAGGGUUUCGAGUCGGAUGGUGACGAAGAAGAGAAUGCUAAAGAAGGUGGACUCGAACCUGGCCAAGAAGUUCCAAACGCCCUCGAGAAACUCACCAAGAAGCAAAAGAAAGCUAUUAAGAAGGCUGCCGAAGAAGCUGCCAAUGAUCUUCCAGGUGUUGUCUACAUUGGUCGCAUUCCUCACGGUUUCUACGAGACGGAGAUGAAGGCUUACUUUUCUCAAUUCGGAAACAUUCUCAAGAUUCGUUUGUCAAGAAACAGAAGAACUGGAAAGAGCAAACAUUAUGCAUGGAUUCAAUUCGAUAGUACGGGUGUCGCAGAGAUUGUAGCCAAGACUAUGGACAACUAUCUGUUAUUCAACCAUAUCUUGAGAGUUAAAGUGGUACCUGAUGAGCAACUUCCCGAGAAUUUGUUCAAGGGUGCCAACCGCCGCUUCAAAAAGAUUCCAUGGAACAAGAUUGAGGGUCGCAGACUGGAGCAAGGUGCCGGAGAAGAGGUAUGGGAAAAGAGAAUCACCAAGGCCGAGAAGAAACGUGAGGUUGCGGCGGAAAAGUUGAAGCAGAUCGGUUAUGAAUUCGAGGCACCAAAGAUUAAGUCUGCAAAGGGUGUUUCCAAGAAGCCAGUUCCAGAGAUCGAGUCUGGUGAGGAUGAACUUGCUGGGGAUGGGGAUAUAGUCAUGGCUGUUGAGACUCCUGCUGAGAUUGAAGUCGAAGCUCCUGCACCAGCACCAGCAAAGAAGGCUGCUAAGGCUAAGAAAGCCGUGGCUGUUGAGACUCCUGCUGAGGUUGAAGUUGAAGCUCCAGCACCAGCAAAGAAGGCUGCUAAGGCUAAGAAAGCCGUGGCUGUUGAGACUCCUGCUGAGGUUGAAGUUGAAGCUCCAGCACCAGCAAAGAAGGCAGCCAAGGCUAAGAAGGUCGUGGCUGUUGAGACUCCUGCUGAAGUUGAAGUCGAAGCUCCAGCACCAGCAAAGAAGGCUGCUAAAGCUAAGAAGGUCAAGAAGACCAAGGCUUAA